ACUGAGCAAUUAAUUGUUUUGUUUUCAACGCCGUGAACAACGAAAUGUCAACGGAUCAUCGCAAUGCUGAAUUUUGUGAACACAUUUGAGUUGAUGGCGGUCAACUACCAUGGGGACGAGGAGCAGCAUCACCGGUUCGUGCACGACGCCAAGCUGCUGAUCAAUGCGAUCGUCAUGCAGCUGCACAAAAUCAACUCCGUCUUCAAAGACCACAUGGGUGCGCUGCGCACAACGGCCGCGUUCCUUAGCGGGAUUACCAUGGAUAUGCCGCUUGGCUUUGAGGUAUUCCUGCCCAUACGGCUGCCCGUCGCGCUGUCGGCCAGGUUCAAUGAGGAGCAGCGCACCGUUCAGCUCUACAGAAGCAACUACUCGCACCCAUUCUUCUUCGGCGACGCUGCGAAUGCCAAGUGCAUGAAUCUGCGCAUGCAGCAGGACAUGCAGCACGUCAUCGGCAAGGUGCCCUUCAUAGCCGGCUACUGGGGCGCCAUCUACGACAUCAAGUACAGGCCGAUGUGCUACAACCGCAUUCCCUUCGCCCACCAGGUGUACGCGGAGGAGAGGGGCGCCACCGAUCGCGGCAUCUGCUUCGACUUCAUCCUGGCCCUAGAGCUCGACGGCGCCGAGCUGCCGCUGCCCCUGUACUACAAGGCGCCCAUUGCCUACAAGUGGCUCGCCUUCGGGCUGGUGGACAUCAAUCGCAGUCACGACUCCGCCGACUGGGGCGUCCUCGUGCCGCGCUGGCAGUCGGCCAACGUGGCCUUGCGUCUGCGCUCCCACAACAUGCUGCUCCUGCUGCGCCGCCUGCUCUACGCGCAGGAAUGCUUCACCCUGGCCGCGCCUUUCCUGAUCAAGUUCUGCUUCGCCAUGACCACCGUGGACUGUGGCGAGCAUUACAAACGCAUGGGCGUGGCCGAACUGAUGAUAACUACGCUGGGCCACCAGGUCUUUCGCAAUUUCUGUGAGCUGAUUGUCAAGUCGGCCGUGGGCGAUCACGACGCCAACGUGGCCGCCACGGAGGAGCUGCGCGAGGAGCAGAUGUGCGGCAAAGGACUCUUCGCGAUGCUGUCCAAGGGCUUCAAAAUAAAUAAGGUCAGCACGCGGUUCAUAGCGGAUUACUUUCAAGUCAACUAUGUCCAGGUGCGACCGAAAACCCCGACGACACCCGAGCCUACAUCGCCGAACCACAGGAUGACAGUGACGACGCCGGCGGCAACUGCAGCGCCUCCGAGCGACGAUGUGACACCACCACCACCAUCCUCAACCGUCGAGCCCCCACCUGCCAGCCUUGCCGCACCACCGGCAAAGGACCCGCUGCCAACCCCAACACAAUUCAUAGUCAAAUUCUUGUCGAUGAGCCCGUCGAAGAACGGCAAACGCAAUACAAAAUACGAAAUACGAAUCGACACUAGUUAA